AUGACUGAACUUGCUCUUAGUGUGUCCCUCUCACCUUUAUUGCCAAGUUCAAUCGAGGAUGAGACAACAUCACCUCAUGGACAAGACGAAGGAAAACGUGUACGUUUUCAACCCAUUUUUCAACCUACUCAUACUGUCUUUACUCCUAGAUUAAGUGAAACAAGCUCCUUGCGGUAUCGUAAACCGAAUGAUCGUAUCGUCGGUAGUACUAGCCUCGCACCUCCAAGUUCUGUCUCUUCAAUUGCUCAACCCAAUUAUGAUGAUUUUCUACGACGUGUGAGUGUUGUAUUGUAUCAACACAUUAGACGCUGUGAAAAGCGACAUCGGGAACAACAACAACGUCAUGGGAAUCCAGGAGGAAUUUCAAAUGCCAUUGCAGCUGUUUCAGCACUUACGGCAUCAGAAGAUCGACGAUUGAAUGAAUUACGAUCACCUAGUGAUCUAGAAAAUACGUCAAUGUUUCAUAUGGAGGAAACGGUCGCUCCUGUAUCUGAUAAAGAAGAAGAUGUAGAGGAAAGAACGAAGACAAGUAUUAUUUCGUCGCCAAGGCUCGUGGAUUUACCUGUGGAAGAAACGUUUCGAGAAGAACAAUUUGUGACACCUCAGUAUAAAUAUACGUUUGUAAGAUUACCACGAGUUCAUCCAAUGACAGUAUAUAGAAUGGAAAAGAUUACAUCAAAACGACAUGUACCCAGUGUGGAAGAGAUUUUUCGAUUCUGUAAGAAUUUAUUCAAUAAAGCACAACUGAGUGCCGAGUGCACGAUUGUGUGUCUUAUUUACAUUGAACGAUUAAUGGAGCAAGCCAACGUACCGCUCUUAGCGGCGACGUGGAGACCCAUUGUGGUUUGUGGAUUACUAUUGGCGUCCAAGGUGUGGCAAGAUUUAAGCUCGUGGAAUGUUGAAAUCAGCAACAUUUAUCCACAGUUUUCGUUGCAUUCGAUCAAUAGACUGGAGCGCCUGUUCCUGCAUCAUAUCCAGUGGGAUCUCUACAUUUCCGCCACAGUAUAUGCCAAGUACUAUUUUGCUCUUCGGUCAUUGACAGAAAAAAAAGACUUUAGACGUCGGUAUAACUAUACGAUGCGUGUGAAUCCACCCAAUUCAAAAAGGCUUGAAGAACGAAGUGCAGCAGUCAAACAUGAGCUGUACUCAAAGAGUCUCUAA